GACCUGGUAUAUUUUCUGAGAACACCGCCGCCCUCCCAAGAGCUUCCACGACUGCUCCGCAACAGGAGAGAGCUGGAAAUCAGCCGUCCUACCUACCCUACGUCUCUCGCACAGGCAAAAAAAAAAAAGGUCGGAUUAGGGCAGGCCCUCCACAACAGAACGUGGCUGCUGCCUUUUCUUAAUUUUUGCGCUCUUUCAGACGACGACGCCGGCAUCGGUGGACCCCACUCCUCUUUGCGACUCUCGGUUACUCCUUUUCAUCUUCUUUCUCUUGCGUGUUCUCUCUCUUUCCAUCCAUCUAUCUGAACACGCUAGGCGACAGACGAGAGUCGGCGACAGUCAGGACUGGCCUGACUCGCCCCCCCACGGGAGACCGACGCGAGGAUGCAGUAUGUGGGCCGACUUGUGUCGUCGGUGUACAACACCAUCACGCCCAGCAUCAAUCCGGCCACGCUGAGCGGCGCCAUCGAUGUCAUUGUCGUCGAGCGGCAGGUGGAGCGCGACGAGGACGAUGGCGAGGGAGGCACGCGAAAGGUGCAGGCCACCGAGCUCGCCAGCACCCCCUUUCACGUCCGCUUUGGCAAGAUGAGCGUGCUGCGGCCCGCCGAGCGCAAGGUCACUCUCCACCUCAACAACUCCCCCGACCCUCUGCCGUUUGCCAUGAAGGUCGGCGAGGCCGGCGAGGCCUUUUUUGUCCUCGAGCUCGACGACGACGAGCAGCGGCAGGGUAUCCCAGACGAUCUCGUCACGAGCCCCAUCCUCAGCGCCACGACGAGCCCGGCCAUCGAGCCGAGCGACGAGCCGCAGGAAGGCGAUGGCGACCUCAUCCCCGUGUCCGCACCGAGAAAGUUCAUCGAAGAGGACUAUGUGCCGCCGCUGGACCUGGGUGGCGCUGCCUCGUCGUCGGCCCACUCGUCGUCGUCGUCGUCGCAGCAGCACCAGCACAAGCAGUCCAACGCUUCGGCAAGGGCAGGCACCGACACGGUCUCGCUCAGCGAGAGCGACAUGGAUGCACGCUCGGCCCAGACGCGGUAUUCAGUCGAUACGGCAGUCACGUCUCCCAGCCUCCGCAGUCAGUCGCCUUCCAAGAACGACACGUCUUCCGAUGCGGCGGCGGCGGCGGCAGCCGCAGCUUCUCAAUCCGAUUCGCAGACGCCUGCGCCACCACCGACGUCUGGCUCGCAUUCACACCCCCACGAGUCUGGACACAGCGGCUCGGGCCCCGCUGCAGGGCCGUCUUCGAUUCUCGAUUCGAUGGGUGCGGCAGCAUCAAAGGCCAGCGGCGCCAUCGGAGCGGCAGGAAGGUCCGUGGUGCCCUCUUCGCUGGGAAGGACGCAGAAGCUGGACAAGCUGGCGGAGCGGGAGCAGAAGCAGGGCUGGGGUAACGACACGAGCGUCGCUGGAGCCAAAGUCGCUCAGGGUGACCGCACGGCGAGCCAGAGUCCCGUGGACGCUCACCAGUACGAGCCAGAGAGGGCUGCCGAGGGCCAGAUGCGCAUGCAGCAGCAGGAGGACGACCACCCGCCCGACGACGCCGAGGAGCACCCACCUGACAAUGAGACGGAGCGCCUCGAGGUGGAGAUGCGCGACCGCGCCGAGAACACAAUCGAGACCGUCGAGAAGCUCGAGGAGAUCAAGAGCCGGUCGAGGGAGCGAAAGGGCAGCCAAUCGUCGUCGUCGGUCGCAUCAUCGUCGAGGCGCAAAUCAUCCAUCAUUGCCGACCGAAUCGAGGAGGCCUACCCAGCUCCCUUUGGGUCCACUUCGACGGGUGCCAACAGCGAGACGAGACCGACGACGCAGCCCGAGCACGCUGAGUUCCUCGGCGGCAGGAAGCUCAUGCCCGUAGAGAGCGGCAUCGAGGGAAAGGGCACGGUCAUGCCAGCCCAGGUCGAUGCUAGGACUGUGCGAGGCCGACUGGAGCACCUUGACAUCAACAACGACGACAGUGGGCUUCCCGACGAGGACAAGCAUGUCGGCGAUGAAGAGGUGGCUGCCAAGGGGGGUAGAAAGGAGGAUCUGCAGUAUAUGCUCGACAUGGACGGCUACAAGAUGACGGCCGAUGGCGAGGAUCUGGCCUUUGCCGAGGGCAAUCGCUUCUCGGACGAACUGCCGCUCAGUCGACGGCACGGCGGCAAUGGCAGCAAUGGGCAUCAUGAGAUUCUGAAUGAUGGCCAUCACCAUCACUUUGACCGCGGUCACGAGGGAUUGCCUCGGCGGGACUCGAGCAUGCGUAGGAGCAGCCAUGGCGAUGCCCGCUCCCUCCAUAGCAACGACGACGCUGAGCAAGGCCAUCUCAAGGAAGAGGCGGGCGUCGGUGGGCCAGCAGGCAGCUCGCCGAUGGCAAGGAGGAGGACUGUGGACUCUAACCGAUCGGGUACCCUCUUGGACCCGGCGGCCAUCUUGGGAGAGGCUGACUCGGCCAUGCACCGCGACGAAUUGGAUCUCAGCAGAGAUCUCGUCCGGCUAGCCAGGUCGUUGCGUUCCGAUCACACCCCAGCCUCUACCGUCUCCACGCCCGGUGUCGGCGGUCCUCCGACUGGCAAGCGAAGCUCGGCACGGUCAAGGAGGCACUUUCAGGACGUUUCACUCAGCGACACAGAGGCUGAGCUGCCAGAUACACAGGAGACGAGAGGCCACCAGCGCGCGACGAGCGACGACACUGAAUUCGGACGCUAUGAUGGCGAUCAGGAGGGCCAGACAUCGCUCAUGGUUCGCGACGAUGCUGCGCUCGGCAUGUCUGACGAGAUGGGCUGGCGGUGGGGAAGCGCCAGUCGUAGGAUCAGCAGCGUGGGUGCUCCGGCAUCAGCGACACGGACAAGCAUAAGCAGCGAAAGCUCGACAGGAGAGCUGAAAUGCGACGAUGAUGAUGCAUACAAGUUUCAUCUCAUCUUGCAAGAUGCUCGGCAUACAUUCGAGCUCAGCCUCUGCGAUGUUGGCUUGGAAGAAGGGCAGACGAUCGAAGACUACCACUUUGAAGAGAACAAGGUCAGCUACCAGCGAUUCAUCGAUGAUGCCGACGUCGUAAACGAUGAGCGUCUCGUGGUUCGCUACCAUGAGCGCUUCCUGACGUGGGAGAACGCAUCUGCAGUGCUGGCGACGCUCUCCCUCUACCGAAAGGCCAUGGACGAGCCCAUGUCCAAGGACGGCUCUGUAGACCCCGCUGUGGCUGCCGACGGCGUAGGUGGGGAAGGACACCGGGAGAGCGUCUGGAGGCGAUGGUGGAAUCGAAGCGGUCGAGAGGCUGGCGACCUGGAGAAGGCUCCGCCGCCAAGGUUGAUGGACCGCUCUCAGACUGACUCUGUCCUGACCACUGAAAAGCCGCGCGGCGAGAAGGGCAGCGAGGAAGGGCCCUAUCUACAGAAGGCAGCGACAGCAGCAGCAAAGGGCAGUCAGAAGAUGUAUGCCAAGACACUGAGACUGACGUCGGAUCAGCUCAAGUCGCUCAACCUCCGCAAGGGCGCCAACACCAUCACUUUCUCUGUCACGUCGUCCUACUCUGGCGUGGCCACGUGCACCGCAAGAAUCUUCCUGUGGGAAAGCAGCCACCACAUUGUCGUGUCGGACAUCGAUGGCACAAUCACAAAGUCCGAUGCCCUCGGCCACGUCUUCACCAUGAUCGGCCGCGACUGGACACACAUGGGCGUGGCCAAGCUGUACACGGACAUUGCGCGAAACGGCUACCGAAUCAUGUACCUCACCUCGCGCGCCAUCGGCCAGGCCGACACGACUCGCGACUACCUCCGCGGUAUCAAGCAGGGCAACUACCAGAUGCCAGAUGGGCCCGUCAUCAUGUCGCCCGACAGACUCAUGGCCUCGUUGCACCGUGAAGUGAUUCUGCGCAAGCCCGAGGUCUUUAAAAUGGCUUGUCUGCGCGACAUCGCGCGGCUGUUUGGCGCGGACCCCAGAACAGCGCAACCGCAGCCAGGCAGCGAGUGGCCGGGCGUGCAAAAGGGCUCGAUCGAGGCGGCAAACGGUCCAGGCGCGGGGAGAGACAAGAGCCCUGCCGAUGGAGCAGCAACGCAGCAGGCGCACCAAGCGCCUGCUACGCCUUUCUACGCCGGCUUCGGCAACCGUAUUACCGAUGCGCUCAGUUAUCGAUCCGUGAACGUGCCUUCGUCACGCAUCUUCACCAUUGAUUCUAAUGGAGAGGUCAAGAUGGAGCUUCUGGAGCUGGCUGGCUACAAGUCGAGCUACAUCCACAUGACCGACCUGGUCGAUCAAAUGUUCCCGCCCAUCACGAUCCGUUCGUCAAAAGGCACAGCUGGCAAGCCUGAGUUUAACGACUUCAACUUCUGGAGACCCUCCAUCUCCACGGACUUUGAGCUGCCGCCGGACGAGGAGCUGGCACCCACGCCGCCCCAGCCGGCGUCACCCGCGCUUAGCGCCAGGUCGGGCAGAAGCAUCCGGAGCGCCAAGUCUAAUGCAAGCUUGAAGAGUGCGAGUACCGAGCCAGUCCUGACCACUACUGCCUCUUCCAACGAGGAGGGUGGCGAGACGGCGAGGACGAGCAGGCUGAGCAGAUUCGGACUUGGAAGCUUGGGUCUGAGCAGAAGGAGCAGCGCUCAGACCAUCGCAGUGCCGGAGACUUCCCAGCAGCAGCCGCAGUCGCAGCAGCAGCAGCAGCAGCAGCAGCAUGGUCAACCUAAUCAGCAUCACCAGCAGCCUACGCACGCAAAGACGAUGCCACCAAGCUCCUCGACGCCGGAUCUCUUACAGAACGAGGAGUCUGGCAAUCGCCAAGGGGGUGCCGGCAACUACUCCAGACCGAGCAGCCCCGGGGGCGCCUCGUCUCCCUCGAGUAGCUACGGAUCGGGUGUGACGAGUUGGGCUGCCGGCUGGAGACGCCGUGCAGCCUCUCCCGGCGCCAAUUCGGACUCGUCUGUCCGCGCCACGAGUCCUCUGGUUGGGCCCGUCAUCACGGCCGAGCCCGACAGCGACGAUGGCGAGGGCGAAGGGGAAGACGACGACGAUGUCUCUUCCUUUGGCGAUGAGAAUGAGGGCAGACAAGAGGAAAACAUGGGCGACGAUGUCCUAGAGGAAGACGAAGACGACGACGACCCGUUGUUGGCUACGGGCGAAAUCAGAUUCGAGUGGCGCGGCUAAAUAAUUCUUUGAAUGACGCGAUCAAAUUUUCUAGGGGUUAUCUGUCAAAAAAAUAAAAAAGAAGAAGAAUAUUCAGCCCUCUACCGGUAGCCAUUGCCACAAUCACGCUUGUUCUUGCACAUGAUCCUCCAAUUGUUAUCGUUCCCCUUUCCUUUCC